UGGAGUGUGCUAAUAAAUGAGGGCUGCAAGUGACACUUGUAAUGGGACCUACAUCCCUGAUCUCAUGCUUCUUGUCUCCGUUCAGGCCCGUCACUAUGGAGACGGCACUGGCAGAAGUGAAGGUUGGCACCCCUGUGCCGGUGCACAUCACGGUCCUUCGAGCACAUGAUCUGAAAGGCAUUAAAGGUGACUCUCCUGUGACAUACCUGAGGUCGGAGUUCAACAACGUCCUCUUGGGUGACUCCCCAAAACUGGAAGCCACCCCAAGCCAACCGACUGAGUACAACUUCACCACAAGCUUUGACCUUGGCAGUGAGAGCCCGCACAACCUGGAUGAUGUGGCCCACAAACCUGUUAUAGUCACCGUCAUUGAGAUCCUACCCAAGGAGAAGAAGCAAAAGGAGGAGAAGACAGCGGUUCUGGGACAGGCGGCUGUGGAUCUGCUUCCUCUACUAAAAGGUGAAUGUAAUUUUAAGGUACUGGUGCCAUUGUAUCCAGCAACUGGCUCUCCGCUGGAAAACAUUCACCCUGAUGCCAAGCCGAAUCUGGAGGUGGCAGUUUCUGUCCCGGAGCCUAUACUCAGUGAGUCACAAAUUAAUAAUGGCAAUCUGAUCCGAGUGACUAUGGAAGCUGCUUAUUGUGUCCCUGAAUCAUGGAACCCACAAGGACCACAGAACAACUAUGUCACCAGCCUUCUGCUACCAUCCAUGGGAGAGAAGGACCUCACUUUGCUCUUCUCAAACGGAGCCCUGAAGGCCGGCGGGGAGAGUGAACCUGUCUCCAGACAGAAGAGAUGGCCAAUGAGCGGCAUCAUGGCCCCAGGAGCUCAGCAUAUCCCAGAAGCCUUCAUUUUCGGAGGAGCGUAUGAAGAGGAAGACGGAGAAAUGAAUCGCAAAGAGGACAAAGAGUUCCGCAUGGAAGCUGAAACCCAACGUAAGAGAGUGAUGUGGGACACGGAGAGGAGGUGCUACCUUGAUAAGUCCGCCCUGAACAGUUUUCAGAAGAGGAUAGCGGAGUGUCGUUACUGGCCGGUGGAGAUCAUGAGAGCACCAGUUUCAACCACCAGCAAAUCUAAACCAGGCAAGACAGAAAAGAGUGACGAGGACCCCCAGAUAUCAUUUCAUGGUGUGGCCUACGUAAACAUGGUGCCUCUGUUGUAUCCAGGAGUGAAGCGUCUGCGUGGAGCCUACCGGAUUCUAGCCUACCAAGAUGCGGAAGUGUUGGAGAAGACAAAGGUUCAUUCAAGCGUCCUGCGGGAUUUUCUGCGGCACAACAGCUUGAUGAGUAAACUCGCAGCCGCUCCAUUAGGCCCUAAUUCUUCGCAUGUGAAGCUGGCACCCAGCCGCAUGGAGAAAAGCCUCAAGGAGAAGGACAGCAGCAGACGGAUUUCUGCAGUGCUGAAACCACUAGACGUAGCGGACCUCGAUCAAGCAACUGCCAAUACUCUGGCUGCAUCUCCCAAUGUAGAGGGCCAGCAAUAUGUGGAGUCCGGGGCUUACCUGGUGCUAGAGUUCAGUCUGGAGAAACCACUGGUGCCCAAACGCCUGGUUGAGGAGAUGGAGCUGAAGGUGAAGGAACUCGUCCCACCUCGAGCACAGCUUAACCGGCGGAUAGUCAAUGCCCAGAAGGCAGUUGCCGAUUAUCACAGCCAGGUCACCAGCAUAACGAAAGCCAUCUUGGAGGAAUAUUGUGAUCUGUUCGGUCAGCAAGGUCCCUGCGGGCUGGAAGUUGAGCCCCAAGUUUUAGAGGAACAGAAGUGUCAGCUCAACUAUGAGUUAAACUGCUCAGGGAAAUACUUUGCUUUCAAGGAACAAAUGAAGCAUGCAGUGGUGAAGAUCGUCAGAGAGAAGUACCUGAGGACCACAGCUUUUGAGGACCGUGACCAGCUACAGGCAUUCCUGAGUGAGCUGUACGUAUACCUGGUGGAUCAGAUGCACAUUUCCCUGAACAAGACCCUUUUUGAUGACCGAGAAGAGCCGCCCCCUGACCCUAUGACAGAUACAGAACAGCUGCUGCGAUUUGCCAAAGAAGCGGAGAUGAAUGAAGAUUAUAACCUGGCUGAGAUGUAUUAUAAGGAGAGAUUGGCUUGUGACCGUCAAUGCGCUGAUCACUGGUUGGAGUAUGGAAGUUUCAGCCUCUUGGUUGGCGAUCAUAUUAAAGCUCGGCAAUGCUUCCACAAUGCCUUGCUCCUUAACCGGCAAUAUUUACAUAGUUUGCUCCUGUGCGGUAUAGUAGCUGUUCUGCUGGAUAACAAUGAGGAUGCCGAGGUGUUCUUUGAAGACGCGACUUGUGUUCACCCGAGCAGUGUCUUGGCCUGGACUAUGCUAGGGCUGUUCUAUGAGGUCCAGGGAAAUGACAUCCAGAUGGAGAUGGCCUUCUCAGAGGCUGGAAAGCUGCACCAGGCUGAGCUGGCUUUGGAAAGAUCAGUGGCUCAGGCUCAGUCCAGAGUACCGGACAGUGAAAGGACUGCAGCUGCAGAGGCCAGUGAUAAAGGGGCAGGCUCCAAAGUAGCAGCUGAAGUAACGGACGGGGAUGUGCCGACGUCCCCCAGAGUCCAGUCGGAAUCAGGAGGUCUGUCACAAGCCAGCCGUCCCCAGGAGGAGAAGACGUCAUACACCGCUCCAAAAUCCCCUUCAUCCACCAUCUCCAAAAGCAAAGCUGGAACUCAGAGAGGAGCUCGGCCCAGUAUAAGCCACGACCCUCCGGCCGCUAUCAGCAGCAUCUACAUGGAGACGGCUCUAUUCUUGGCCCAAGUCAAUGCCACACAGUUUGUCCAGAGAGCCCUGGCACACGAGCUCCUGAGCCCGGACGGAGGGCCCAGCUGUAGGUACUACCUGAUGUACGUGCAGAUGAACCUUCUGCGAAAGGAGUUUGAUGCGGCCAAUGAGAAUCUGCAGGAGGCGUCGCAGAUUGACCACCAGAACCCGGACGUGUGGGCGCUCACAGGACACCUGCGUUAUCUGAACGGCCGGAAAGGGGAGGCGCGGGAAUUUUACGAACACACGCUCAGUUUGGUGUCUGAUCCCUCAGACAUACACCCUGUCUACCUCCGUCUGGGGUCCAUCUACCUCCAGGAAGGAGAGUAUGAGAAGGCCAAGAAGACCUACCUCCUGGCUUGUAAGAAGUCACCUACCUGCCUGGCCUGGCUGGGCGCUGGAAUCGCAUGUUACCGGCUGGAGGAGAUGCCGGAGGCUGAGGAAGCUCUUUCAGAGGCCAACGCCUUGAAUAACAGCAACCCCUCGGUUUGGGGCUACCUGGCCCUUGUAUGCUUAAAGACUGGACGACAGCUGGAGGCCGAGCAGUCCUAUAAAUACACCAGGAAGUUAAAUCUACAGGACCAGACCCUGCUGACCGAGAUCCACCAGCUGCAGGAGGAAGUUGGCUUUGGAGACCCGUCUUUCUAACAUCACCCAGCGCCUUGUAAUGGAGCUC